AUGGAUGAAAAGGAGGCUAUGAUCGCGCUGCGAUGGGCUGAGAGGUGCGGUAUACAAGACGCAUCGCCGCUAUACUCAUCUCUCCUCCGCCAAUGCUGCUCCUCGCGAUCUCUCCGCCUGGGUAAGCUCAUCCAUUCGUCACUCCAGCGAGCGGGGCUUGAAAGCGACACCUUUCUUGCAAAUCUUCUCCUCCAUAUGUAUACCGAGUGCGGAAGGAUCCGCGAUGCAUGCUCCGUGUUUGAUGCGAUUGCCAGGAAGAAUGUUUUCUCGGGAAACUUGAUGAUUGCGGGGUAUGCCCGUGCAGGGCAUCUGCGGGAAGCGAGGAUGGUCUUUGAGGAAAUGCCUCAGAAGAGCACAGUGUCGUGGAAUUCGCUCAUUGGAGCGUUUUCUCGGUCUGGACGACCGAUAGAAUCGUUGGUACUGUUUUGGACGAUGAAUCUGGAAGGUGUAAGGCCCAACAGUGUGACUUUCAUGGCAGCGAUCGAGGCUUGCACUUCAAUGGAGGAGAUUUCUCACGGCCGGUUCGUCCACGCUGUUGUUCUAAGCUGCGAGGGGGAGGCAAGCGUUGGAGUGAUGAACGCGCUCAUCAACAUGUACGGGAAACACUCGAGAGUUUCCGAGGCGAGGAAGACUUUUGCCUCCAUUUGCAAGAGCCACCGGGAUGUGAUCUCGUGGAACAGCAUGAUUUCAGCGUACGCUCGAAACGGUCGUCUCCAGGAAGCCAAGAAUACGUUUGACGCCAUGGAUCUCGAUCGAAACACCGUGACUUGGAACACGAUGAUCGGUGGCUACGCACAGAGCGAAUCCGCCGGAGCUGGUGCUUUGAUCAUGCUUGCCAUGAUGGACCAACAAGGAAUCCAUCCAAACGCGUGCACUUUCAUCAGUGUUUUCGAUGCUUGCGCUCGAAUCUCCGCUCUUAGGCAAGGCCGACUCGUUCACUCUUUCUUGCUCGAGGCCCCCGGAGCGGAAGAUCACUCGCAACACCACCUCGAAGUUGGAAACUCGAUCAUCCACAUGUAUGGGAGCUGCGGCUGCUCUGCUGAGGCGGAAAAAACUCUCCAUCGGAUGCAAUCCCGGACCGUUGUCUCGUGGAGCUCUCUCGUCGCAGCUCACGUCCAGGCCGGAGAUCUCUCGUCCGCUGUGACAAGCUUCCACAAGAUGGCCAUGGAUGGAGUCCUUCCAAACGAGGUGACCUUCCUGGCCCUUCUAAGCGCUCUCGGCCACUCGGGCGAUGUGAAACGAGGCUGGAGUUUCUUCAUCUCAAUGCACCACGAUUACGGAUUGGUGUGGGGCAUAGACCAUCUCGUUUGCACCGUGGAUCUGUUUGGGCGAGCUGGGCUGAUCGAGCAGGCCGAGAGGAUCGUUCUCAGCAGCUCCUUUGCCCGAUUGCCCGUGCCAUGGAUGGCACUGCUGAGCGCUUGCAAGAGCAGCCGCAAUCCAGGAACCAUAGAAAAAUCCGGGACUGUCGCCAGAACAGCGCUGGAGCUCAACACCGCCAAGUCGUCGCCCUACGUCCUCGUCUCCAACGCGUUCUUGGACGACCUUCCGUACUUCCCCGGCGCCCGGACUUUACCGUACCAACCGCCACCGCCGGCGGCUCCGUUAGUUAAAACCCACCUCGGUUAG